AUGGAAGACAUUGCCAUCGUCGGCAUGGCCUGCCGCUUCCCAGGCAAUGCGACAUCUCCGGAGAAGCUUUGGGAGAUGUUGGUUGCGAAGGAGUCGGCCUGGUCAGAAUUUCCAAAGGAUCGCCUCAACAUCGACGGCUACUAUCAUCCAAGUGGUGAUCGUCAGGGCAGCAUUUCGUUUCGAGGAGCGCAUUUCAUCAAGGACGAUGUCGCAGCUUUUGAUGCGUCGUUUUUCUCCAUCAUGGCAGAGGACGCUAAGGCCAUUGAUCCUCAACAGCGAUUCCUACUGGAGGUUUCCUAUGAAGCGCUUGAAAACGACUAUGAACAAAUAUGCCUCAGAGAUAUGGACUGGCAGCCCCAGUACGCCGCCACAGGCACUGGCAAUGCCAUCAUGUCGAACCGCGUGUCCUACACGUACGACUUCAAGGGGCCCAGCAUGACGAUCGAUACUGGCUGCAGUGGAAGUCUCGUUGCAGUUCACCUCGCCGCCCAAGCUCUCCGAGCUGGCGACUGUUCAAUGGCCCUCGCUGCCGGUGCUGGUCUUAUUUUCACACCCAACACAAUGAUGCCCAUGACAGCACUCAACUUUCUCAGCCCAGACGGAAAAUGUUUCGCCUUCGACUCUCGUGCCAAUGGUUACGGUCGCGGGGAAGGUAUCGGCUUCGUUGUCUUGAAGAAGCUCUCGGAUGCUGUCCGAGACAAUGAUACCAUUCGAGCUGUCAUCCGUGGCACUCACGUAAACCAAGACGGCCUGACCACAGGCAUCACUCUUCCGAGCAAGGAGGCCCAGGUGGCCAACAUCCGAUCCCUCUACUCCAAGCACGACCUGGACAUGAACCAGACGGCUUUCGUCGAGUGUCACGGGACUGGAACACAGGCUGGCGACUUUCGGGAGCUUAAGGCCAUCUCUGAGACUUUGGGUGACGGAAGGUCGAUCGAGAACCCAGUGUUUGUAGGCUCUGUGAAGACAAACAUUGGUCAUCUUGAGGGAGCCGCCGGGGUCGCUGGCCUGAUUAAAGGCGUUCUCACUACCGAAAAGGGCCAGAUACCCCCAAACAUCAACUUCGAGCAAGGGAACCCCAACAUCGACUUUGAGAACUGGAAAGUGAAGGUUCCCACGGAUCUGAUCAAGUGGCCUAUCCAAGGUGGUCGAAGAAUCAGCGUCAAUUGCUUUGGCUUUGGUGGAACCAACGCCCAUGCCGUCCUCGAUGAGCCAGCCGCGUAUUUUGCCUCGCGCGGCAUCUCCGCCAACCACAAUUCUGUGGUCGACAACGGCCAGCCAAACGAAGACAACGGAAAAAAUGCGAACCAGGGAGUCUUUUCAACUCCUCAGCUCUUUGUCUUCUCUUCUAACGAGCGUAAGGGCGUAUCUCGCUUGAUGGAUACGCACCUUGACCACAUUGAGAAGCUCACAAAUGCUAAUCAAAGAGACGCCGAUAACUAUGCAUACACCCUGGGGUGUCGCCGCUCGGUGAUGGAGUGGAAAGGGUUUGCCGUGGCAAGUUCUUUUGCUAAUCUCAUCGCAAAGAUGAUGGCCAGAGACGAGUCAAGCUUUCUUCGAUCUAGUCGUGAUUCGAAGCUCAAGAUCGGCUUCGUCUUCUGUGGCCAGGGUUCGCAAUGGGCUCAGAUGGGACGCGAGCUUAUGUGUUUUGAAGUUUUCCGACAAAGUCUUGAUGCGGCGACCCAGUACCUCAAGACGAUCGAUAAUCACUUCCACCUCACCGAAGAGAUCAUGCGACCCAAGCCGGAGUCGCGCAUUCAAGAGCCUCAGAUUUCGCAGCCGGCAACAACGGCAAUUCAGGUGGCGCUGGUCGACCUGCUGCGGUCGUGCAAUAUCACUCCCAGUAGCGUCGUUGGCCACUCAUCAGGAGAGAUCGCAGCUGCGUACGCGUGCGAUGCCAUGACCUGUGAAGCGGCUUGGGCAUUGGCAUACCACCGUGGCCAGAGCGCUGCACUUCUCAAGACUUACGCACCGUUUCUUCAGGGCGCCAUGUGUGCCGUCAAGAUGACUUGCUCUGAAGCCCAAGCUUACCUCCGGAGUCGGCAGAAUCCUGGCGAUUUGGAGAUUGCUUGUAUCAACAGUCCAAACUCGAUCACAAUCUCUGGCGAGCUGGAGGAUAUUCUACAUAUGCGAGAUGAACUCAAGUCGCACCGGAUUCUUUGCAAGGUGCUCGACGUGGACAUCGCCUACCACUCGAGGCAGAUGAAUAUGGUUCAAGAGGACUAUCUGGAGCGCAUCAAGUCUAUCCGACCCAAAGACACCACCGGCAACAUCCCUUUCUUUUCUUCCGUAAGAGGUAGGGCGUAUUCGCAUGCUCUCCUCGGGAAAUUCUAUUGGGCCGAGAACCUGGUUUCGCCGGUGCAAUUCGUUUCCGCGGUCAAGGCUAUAAUGGACUCUCAGAACAGGCCGGAUCUCUUGAUCGAGUUGAGUCCCCACGCGACGCUGGCAUCAGCACUCUCUGAGAUCAUGGCCGAGCACAGCCCUAGCAGCCCGCCGACGUAUCUCUCGCUCAUGCAGCGCAAAAAGGAUUCCGCAAACACAAUGCUCCAGGUGAUUGGAGAGCUCUGGGCUCGCGGCUACCUCGUUGACAUGCAUCAGGUCAUUUCCAAGGGCUCUGAUAAUCCUACGUUCAAGACGCUUGUCGAUCUACCAUCCUAUCCCUGGAACCAUUCCAGGACCUUCUGGCACGAGUCACACACUUGUACCGAACAUCGCUUCCGGAACUUUGGCCGUCAAGAUCUCAUCGGGUCUCCUUCUCCAGAUGCCACCACCUUCGAGCCGCGCUGGCGAGGUUUCUUCCGCAUCUCUGAGAACCCUUGGAUCCAGGAUCAUCGAGUCCAAAAGACGAUCGUGUACCCGGCGGCAGGCAUGGUCACCAUGGCUCUCGAAGCCGCGAGCCAGCUUUCUCAUGGCAUGACGGAUGUUUUGGGAUUUCACUUGACCGAUCUGACGAUCGAGAGAGCUAUGAUCAUUCCUUCUACGGCUUACGGUCUCGAGUACUCGCUCAAUCUGAAGCAGUGCUCUACCAACCUUGAGUCUGAACCGGCGUGGGAGUUUUCCAUCUACUCAAAGCAAGAAAAUGGCCCAUGGAUUCGACAUGCCGACGGAUGCAUCAAGAUUCGACAAGAGGCCGGGCGGAUUCCGUCAUUCACUACCGGGAACGAAGCCAUGUUCAAGAAGAUCGAAAGUCAAUGCACCACGACAAUGCCUCCGCGACAGCUAUACGAGAUCCUGGAUAUCGUCGGCCUCAACUACGGGCCUUGUUUCCAAAACGUCGCGUCUAUAUCAACUCAUCAGAACUCAUGUAUCAGCAAGGUUCGCAUUCCCGAUACCAAGUCAAAGAUGCCAGCAAACUUUGAGUAUCCUCACGUCAUCCAUCCCGCCACGUUGGAUGCCAUGUUUCAGACUCUCUUCGCCAUCGAUAGCAAGCCGAUGUAUCGUAUGGAAAGAGGACUACACCACGACGAUGUACGCAGACUUCACCCACAUGCUAGAGCUGAUGGCGCACAAGUACCCAUCUCUAUCUGUUCUCCAUUGCGGUGGAGAUGAUCAGAUGGCUAGACAUGUUCUGGAGACGCUCUUGGACGGCGACAGACUUCUUUUGUCCCGCUUCACCAUCACCGAUGCCGCUACGCUGUCUGUUACACAGAAGAUCUUUGAGGGAUCACCGGCUGUCAAAGUCUUGGAGCACCGUGAUUGGGAAGCUGUCAAGAGACAUUCUGCUCGCUAUAACCUCAUCAUCGCGGCCAGGAACUCAAGCAUCGAUAUGAUCGAAGCAAGUCAGCUCCUGCUGCACGAUGGGCUUUUGCUUAAUGAGGUGUCGCCUCCAAUGACCCCGACCACCACCGACUCCAUGUCCGGAUUCCAGCAGCUUUCAGAUGAGUUCGCCUCGCUCCAGGUCUCUUUUGAGCCCGACUCGGACGAUGUCAUUCGCUGCGACAUGCUGGACCAGCAUUUCGAGGUUCAUCUCUUUGCCGACGCGUUGGACCCCGUUUCAUCACCCGAAGUCGUCCUUGUCUUGCCCGACACAGCCGACGCAGCUCUCAAUAGCUUUGUUAAGUCUUUUAGCAAUCUCUUGUUCAACAAAGGAUUCGAAGUGAGCGCUGGCCUCUUGCAUGAUGUCGACCCUGCUGGCAAGACUUGUGUCGCGCUUCUCGAAGCGUGCGAGUCUUUUGUAUAUAACUGGACGACCGAGCAGUUCAGUGACUUCCACAAUCUUCAAAACACAGCCGAGAGCCUCUUGUGGAUCACCCGUGGCGCAAAUAGACGUCCUACAAUCCCCCAGAACGCUCCUGUCAUUGCGCUUGCACGUACGAUCUUGUCCGAGGAUCCGCAAAAGACGAUUGUCACUCUCGACUUGGCCGAGGCUACUGAGCUUACUUCGUCUACCCUCCCCAAGACUGUGUGGUCUGUCCUUGCUUCAAUUCUGGCUGGAUCAGUGGAGGCGGAGUUUGCGGAAGAAGAAGGCGA